CAAACCUUAUCAACGCCGCACGCCGACUUCGCACUCUGCAAUGUUUGUACAGGAGGUAUACUGCUAUCGUAGAAGCGAUUAUCCAUAUAUUUUGUAUUAGUUUAAUGUUCGGCUCUCCCGUUCAGUUUCUUUUAAUAAUUCUUUCGCUUGUGGUCGUGGGUGGCUUCCAGUCUCCAGUGGCAACUGACUUCUUGCCUUCUCCAGCCCCCUCCAGCUAAGUUCAAGAAAACAACCGGACCCCCUCGCCUAGUGCGCUAAAUGUGUCUCCCAGGGGAGCUUCAGACCUUGCUGGGUUUGUGCGGUUAUCAACAUUUUACUAUGAGAUUCGUUCACAAGAUCUGACAGUUGAACCUGUAAACUAAGGCACGCGGUGGAUUUUCUCGAGAUUUUUUUUUUUUUUUUUACUUCGUAAAGUGAUGGCAGAGCGGCACGCGCGGUUGCUCCUGUUUCUUUCGAUUCUUACCCCGCAAUGCUCGGCGGCAAGGGCCUUCACGCCGCUGCGCUUCAGUGUGGAGCCAACGGACACGCUGGCUGUGCGCGGCCUGCCCGCAGUGCUGAACUGCUCGGUGGCAGGUGGGGAGGCAGCAGUGGCGCGGGUGGAGUGGAGGAAGGACGGGACGUUUCUGAACCUGGCGGCCGACGAGCGCCGGCGUCUGCUACCCGGAGGCUCACUGUUCAUCGGCGCCGUGGUGCACUCCAAGCACAACAGGCCCGACGAGGGCGUCUACCAGUGCACCGCCACCCUCGACAGCCUGGGCUCCAUCAGCAGCCGGACGGCCCGUCUCACCGUGGCAGGCGUGCCACGCUUCUCAGGCCAGCCAGAGGCCGUGUCUGUGCAUGCUGGGGGCAGCGAGGUUCUGAACUGUGAGGUGAGCGCUGAGCUGGGCCCCUUUGCCCAUUGGGAGAGGGCGGGCGUCGCCGUGGAGAUGGACGGGCGCCUGGUGCAGUUGCCUAACGGGGCACUGGUGAUUAGCGAGGCCUCGAGCGCCGACGCCGGCCCCUACCGCUGUGUGAUAGAGGGGCUUGGGCCGCUCAAAGCCAGCGAGGACGUCCAGCUACACGUCCUGCCAGGUGCCGGGCUGGAGGAGAGAUUGGAGGUGCUGCUGGGCCCUGUGUCCCUGGCCAAGCCUGUGGGAGAGACUGUGCUGCUGCCAUGUGUAGUGAAGGGCUCCCCGGUUCCCACCAUCGGCUGGAUGCGCAACGCCAAGGCCGUGGACCAGAGCGACGAGAGGAUCUCUGUGAUCGGCGGAGGCGUACUGCGCAUCGCCAACCUGACGUCGGAGGACAGCGGGACCUACAGCUGCCGGGCGGACAACAGCAACGAGAGUGUGGAGACCCAGGCGAAGCUUACCGUGCUGGUUCCUCCUCAGUUCCUGAAGAAACCCUCAAACAUCUACGCCCAUGAAGCCAUGGAUAUCAUUUUCGAGUGCAAUGUCACAGGCUUCCCUGCCCCCACAGUGAAGUGGGUGAAGAACGGUGAUGCAGUCAUACCCAGCGACUACUUUAAAAUAGUGAAUCAGCAUGACCUGCAGGUGCUUGGCUUGGUGAAGUCUGAUGAGGGCUUUUACCAGUGUAUGGCUGAGAAUGAAGCUGGAAACAUACAGGCCGGUGCCCAACUGAUCAUCCUAGAACAGGACGUUGCCCUCCCCACGUCUGCUGUCCCCUCACUGACCAGUGCCACUACUGACCAUGUAGCCUCCGGCCCGGGCGAACGCCCAGGCCCCGCCCCCACGGCCCCCAGGGACCUUGUGGCGUCGUUGGUCUCUACCCGCUUCAUCAAGCUGACCUGGCGUCUACCGGCUGAGCUGCACGGAGAGAACCUCACUUACUCCGUUUUCCACAGCCUCCACGGCUCCAGCAGGGAGCGUGUGGAGAACACCACAGCGCCGGGAGAGAUGCAGGUCACCAUUCAGAACCUCAUGCCAGACACCAAGUACACCUUCAGGGUGGUAGCGUCCAACAGAAACGGCCUGGGUGAAAGCUCGCCCCCCCUUACAGUGGCCACCCAACCUGAAGUGCAGGUACCGGGUCCUGCCCCCAACCUGCAGGCAGCGUCCAUCACCUCCACCUCAGUCACGCUCACCUGGGAGAGACCUCUUACCGGCAAUGGGGAGAUCCACACGUAUAAACUCUACUACAGUGAGAAGGGUCAGGAUACGGAGCAGGACUUGGAUGUUGCAGGCCUGUCCUACACCAUGACAGGGCUGAAGAAAUUCACAGAGUACAGUUUCAGAAUGGUGGCUUACAACAAGCAUGGGCCUGGGGUCUCCACUGAAGACCUGCUCAUUCAGACGCUCUCUGAUGUACCAAGUGCUGCACCACAGAACGUCUCACUUGAAGUCCAGAACUCGAAGAGCAUUAUGAUCCGGUGGCAGCCCCCGCCUCCCGGCACUCUGAAUGGGGAGCUGACGGCCUAUAAGAUCCGCUACAGGAAGAGUGGUAGGAGGGGCGAGGCUGCUGAAGUCAUGACUACUCAGCUUUCUCAGCUUAUAGAUGGUCUAGACAGUGGAGCGGAGUACUCGUUCCGGCUGUCGGCCAGCACGACCAACGGCACGGGACCCGCCACAGAGUGGCUCACUGCUGAGACCUUCGAGAGUGACCUGGACGAGUCUCAGGUGCCUGGGAUGCCCAGUUCGCUGCAUGUGCGGCCCCUGGUGAACAGCAUUGUGGUGAGCUGGACCCCACCAGAGAACCAGUACAUUGUGGUGAGAGGCUACAGCAUUGCCUAUGGCAUAGGGAGCCCUCACGCACAGACCAUUAAAGUGGACUACAAACAACGCUACUACAGCAUCGACAACCUGGACCCCAGCUCCCAUUACGUGAUUACUCUGAAGGCCUUCAACAACAUGGGUGAGGGAAUACCUGUGUAUGAGAGCGCCAUCACCAGGUCUCAGUCAGAUCCCAUAGACCCAGAGAUUGAUUUGUUUGAACUCUUCCACCACCCCCCCCACACCCCAGCACCCGACCCCUCCCCCAUGCUACCCCCCGUGGGUGUUCAAGCCUCUGUCGUCAGCCACGAUGCCAUCAAGGUCUCCUGGGCCGAUAACUCGUUGCCCAAGAACCAGAAGAUCACAGACUCCAGAUACUACACCAUCCGCUGGAAGACCAACAUACCUGCCAACACCAAAUAUAAGGUUGCGAAUGCCACCACUCUGACCCACACAGUGGCGAACCUGAAGGCCAACACUUUGUACGAGUUCUCAGUCAUGGUGACCAAGGGCCGGCGCACCAGCACCUGGAGUAUGACUGCUCAUGGCACCACCUUCGAGACACUUCCCACCUCCGCUCCCAAAGAUGUGACGGUGGUGAGUAAGGAGGGCCGUCCCCGCACCAUCAACAUCAACUGGCAGCCACCGUCGGAGGCCAACGGCAAAAUCACAGGCUACAUCAUCUAUUACAGUACAGAUGUGAAUGCAGAGGUGCAUGACUGGGUUGUAGAGCCGGUGAUGGGGAACAGACUGACGCACCAGAUCCAGGAGCUCACGCUAGACACUACCUACUACUUCAAGAUCCAGGCCCGCAAUUCUAAGGGCAUGGGGCCGCUAUCUGACACAGUGCAGUUCCGCACGCCCAAAGCUGAGCCCUUGGACAAAAUGUCGAGUGAUCAAGUAGGCUUUCAGGGGAAGGCAGGUGGACGCUCAACUCUGCCCGAUCACGGAUUUGGAUCCUCCCUAGAUAAGCCUGGAAUCACGGGCAGUCAUGAGAACCAUAUCCUGGUGAUCGUCAUCAUCGUUUCUGUGGGAGUGUUUACCAUUGUCGCUGUGGUAGUGGGAGCGGUUCUCUGCACACGGCGCUCUAACUCUCAACAGAAAAAGUGUUCACCUCUUAGGAAGCGAGCAGCCUGCAAGUCUACUAAUGGCUCGCAUAAAUCUAAAAGCACCUCCAAAGACCUGAAGCCCCCGGACCUCUGGAUCCACCAUGAGCGUGUGGAGAUGAAGCCCAUAGAUAAAUCCCCUGAGCCCAACUUGGUCAUGACAGAGACACCCAUCCCCCGCAACACGCAAGAGCCCUCAGGUCAUGAGGUUGAGGAGAGUGUGUCUACACUGGCAGGCAGAAGGGGAGUGAGGCCCAAAAUUAUGAUGCCCUUUGACCCCCAGCCACCACAGCCUGUCAUUAGUGCCCACCCCAUCCAUUCGCUUGACCAUCUUCAUCACCACCACCACCAUCACUAUCACCCUCCACCCCGUGGCUAUCUCCAUCACCAGAUCAGCCUGAGGGCUCCAGCCACACCCUCCACCCCUGUCCCCUAUGUAGACAGGGCUCCUUCUUCUGAGUCCGUAAGGACCCAGCCUCCUGCUCCUCAGCCCCCCAGCGCAGCCGAGCUGCAGCAAUCAGAGGCGGUGAUUAAAGAGGAGGACCCCCCCUCCUACAAGCCCCCCUCAGCCCACGUCCACCCCAGCCACCCCAUGAAGAGCUUUGCUGUGCCCACUGUUUCUGUCUCAGCCCACAACCCGCCCAGCUCUGCCCUGCCCUGCACGCCACUGCUGGCUCAGCCAGUUCCUGGCGUGAAGACGGCAUCUAUUGGUACUCUGGGCAGAGCCCGGGCUCCAGUAGCAGUGACUGUGCCCAGCGCCCCUGACUCAGCAGAAACCAGCAAGAUGCUGCCAACGAAAGAGACAUGUAUCACACGGCUUUGAAGCCCUCGUUAAGCUUCCUGUUUACUUGGUCACAUGUCUACCUCCAUAUCAACUCCUCUACCAACAUGUUAAUCACUUGCUUCCCAUCUCCCUCUUCCUUUACACCUUCCCACCUUUCUUUGUUUCGUCCCAACUCAUCUCCCUGGCUGUAACUCUAACCCGGCCUCACCCUGCAUGGCUCUCUAAGGCCUACGAGACAGACGAGCUGUCUGAGGAAAUGGCUCAUUUGGAGGGCUUGAUGAAGGACCUGAAUGCCAUCACCACAGCCUGAUAUCACCGAGCUCCCGCUGGACCUGGAGCCCCGUGCUGGACUCAGAGCCUAGCUAGCUCACCCUGGAUGGUCUCAGGAAGGGCCCAGCUGUUUUCCAUACUGACUGAUCGCAGUUCAUUUUAGGCUGAGUGCUUAGGGACUGACCAGCCUCAGCAGACGUUUGUUUCUGCAUUUUGCUUGGAUCGAAGGGCAAAGAAAGGGCUGCAAAGGGAAGCAUUCCACUGACCACCAUUUUCAAAGAAGAAUUCAGAGGAAACUGGACACUUUUUUUGUUUAAGUGCUGUAGUUUUUGGAUAUCAUAAAUAUUGCAUUUUUUUUCAUUUUGUACAUGUACAUGCACACAAUGUAUAAUCAUUUUUCUUUUGUUUAUGUACUCAGUCAUAAAUUUAUGCAUACCAUUGGGAAUGUGUGGGUGUAUUUAUAUUGACUCAUUUAAAGUAGCUGUGGUUCUGUUUACAUAUCCAUGUAAAAAGAGCAAAUGUGGACACUGACUUUGGUUCCAAAUGGUUAUAUAGUUUAAAAUGUCUGCUUUUAGCUCUUCACUGAAGAAUUUUGUUCAUUUCUGGUGGUCUAAAGAAAUGUAAUGCUAUGACAUGCGUUCUUUCCGAGGGAGACUUACAACUACAACUAUGAAUAUGCAUCAUAAGGAGUAUUACAGGCAAGUACGUAUAGUUUGUGGAUGUACAAAGACAACUAUGGACCCCAAAAGCUAUUUUUGCUACCAAUUACAAUCCCUCUGAGAUGUUAAAAUCAGCAUGUCAACAAUGCUGUAGUUAUGUGGUGCUUACCAUAUGGAGACCUAAGACUUUUGGGACGGCCUCUGGUCUUCACAAGAGCGUCACCUUUCAUACCUCAUGGGCUCACAGUUAGGCUAGCAGAUCAGCACAACAGCCAUGUCUUACUUCUUCUGUCUGAGCUGGAUACACCAGAUAAAGCUGUCCACGGUCUUACCCUGUGCCCUUUGACCUGAAGGAGAUCCCAGUACAGGGACUGAUUCUUUGAACUUUUAAGAUUUUGACCUUUGUACACUUCCAAAAAAAACCACACUUUUUAUAUUAAAGCUGUUGGUUGUUUUUUAUAAAAAUAAAUGUACACAUUCUCCAUGUAAAUGAUGAGCUGUGCAAGGCUUAAUAUGUUCAUGAUUCUCAAAUAUGUUCCACCACUCCUUCCAAAGAAAGAAAAAAAAAAAGAAAUCUGCAAUGCUGGUUGCAUUACACAUGUACAGUAUCUCAUACAAAUGAAUGUUAAUGUGACUAAGAAGUUCUGCUAAUUAAUAAAGUCAAUGUUUAUAAAUGUGUUUGAUGGUGGGGUGGGGUGGUCAGAUACUGAGCCCUUAGAAUGAAGGGUGCACAGUGAAACCUUCAUUUGCACUUUUUAUAUGGAUUUAAAAAGGGGCAAAUGCCAUGUUAAAUAUGAAACUAUUUUAUGUAACAAUGCAGCAGGUCUUAUAAAUACUACCAUUUGAUUUGGUGUUUUACAGGCUUGUGUGUUAUUGGUUGAUGGGUCAUACUGCUUGUACACCAACGUUUUUUGUUUCUGCUAUUGUAGAAUGAUUUGGAAAUUCAAAUGGAAAACCAUGUUCCAGCCUGGUUUUUCAAUACAUUUCUGUAUUUCAUCUUCCAAGUUUACAAAUUUUUUGUAAUUCCCCAAAACAUUUCCCUCAAAUACAAAUACAGUGGCUUCAGAAACUAUUCAGACCUCUUUUGUUGCACAUAGUUUUUACACACCAGUCCACACCCAUAAUGAGGAAAGGAAAAUGCUUUUAUAGAGUUGUCAAUAAAAUAAAAUAAAAUAAAUAAUUCACAAAA